GGAGUAAUUGGACUGUUUCAGUUAAUGAAUGCAAACCCCAGAAGGAUUCUAUUGGAUACAGAUGUGGACACUGAUGAUUUCUUUGCUCUCUUCUACAUUUUGAAGCAAAACAGAUCAGAGUUUGAUCUCAAGGCUGUUACAAUUAAUGCGAACUCAUGGACCGAUGCUGGACAUGCAGUGAACCAUGUGUACGAUAUGCUUCACAUGAUGGAUCGUGAUGAUAUUCCCGUAGGAGUUGGAGGUGAAGGUGGAAUAUCACCUGACGGUAAAAUAGGUGCAAAUGUUGGUGGAUAUCUCCCUAUAAUUGAACAAGGCAUGUCAACGGCAGGUGAAGCCAUUCCAGUAGGCUCUCCAGGACGAUUAGAUACUGAUACAAAUUAUGGCUUUCGAAGGAGUUUUCUUCCACAGGGACCAAGGAAGUACUGUCCUCUUCAUCAGCCCACAGCUCAAGAGGUGAUGGUCGACACAAUUUCUGCAGGCCCAACAACUGUAUUUUUAGUUGGAGCACACACAAAUUUUGCACUUUUUCUCAUGACAAAACCAAAAUUGACAAAAAACAUUGAACAUAUUUAUGUCAUGGGUGGUGGCGUAAGGUCGAAGGACCCUACAGGAUAUCAUGGCAAUGUAUUUACUGCAUAUAAGAGCAAUCCUUAUGCUGAGUUCAAUAUGUUUGGAGACCCAUUUGCAGCAUAUCAGGUAUUGCAUUCAGGAAUUCCAGUGACCCUUGUUCCAUUGGAUGCAACCAACACUAUCCCCAUAACCAAACAAUUCUUCAAUGAAUUUGAAAGGCGACAGGAUACAUACGAGGCACAAUACUGCUUUCUUUCUUUGAAAGUUUUCUGUAAUGCCAGGUUCAAUGAUCAUUGUUAUACUAGUUAUUUCAUGUGGGAUUCGUUUAUGGCUGGUGUUGCUCUCUCAAUAAUGCGCAAUGAUAACAGUCAAACCGGUGAAAAUGAGUUUGCUGAGAUGGAAUAUAUGAAUAUAUCUGUCAUUACUUCAAAUAAACCAUAUGGUGUAAAUGAUGGGUCAAACCCAUUCUUUAAUGGUCAUGCAAUUCCUAAGUUCAAUUUGACAAAGAACGGAGUACACAGUGGUCAUGUUCAGACUGGCAUUCGAGAUCCAUUUUGCUUCUCAAAGGAAAUGAGAAAAGGAAUAUGUGAGGAUGGAUACACCAAGGAAGUAACUGGCCCAGAAGCAGUCCAAGUACUUGUUGCGACUAAAGCAAAACCAAACCGAGAUGUUAAGAGCAAACUUGACAGAGAAUUUUUCAUAAGCUUUUUGGAUGUUCUAAACCGCCCUCAACAAACCGGGCGUUUCAACUUUAGUACACAAUUCCCAUACUAUUAUGAAACGUUAUACAAGCCAGACUUCACAAAUCGAAAAAUGGGAAAACCUGUAAUUUUUGAUAUGGACAUGAGUGCUGGGGACUUUAUUUCCCUCAUGUACCUCCUCAAAGUGCCCACUGAAGUAAUUGACAUCAAGGGAAUCCUUAUAAAUGGCAAUGGAUGGGCAAAUCCUGCGACAAUAGAUAUUGUCUACGAUGUUUUACAUAUGAUGGGCCGUGAUGAUAUUCCUGUUGGCCUAGGAAGUGUAAGUGCAUUGGGCACUCCUGAUCUUGGAUGCAAGUAUGUAAGUGCUAUACCUCAUGGAAGUGGUGGAUAUAUUGAUAUCGAUACGCUUUUUGGACUUGCACGUAAUCUGCCAAGGAGCCCUAGAAGGUAUACAGCUGAAAAUUCAGAUCACCCUGAACAAAAGCAGGCACUAGCUUUGGAAGUUUGGCAAUCAAUUUCAAGGGCAGAUAAUCUAAGUGAAAAGAUUACAAUUUUGACCAACGGGCCUCUUACCAACUUAGCCAACAUCAUUCUUUCAGAUAAAAAUGCAACUAAUUUUAUUCAGAAAGUAUACAUAGUUGGAGGACAUAUUAUAGACGACCGACGUGAAGAUGGAAACAUAUUCACCUUUUCCUCGAGCAAAUAUGCUGAGUUCAACAUGUUUCUUGAUCCUCUAUCUGCAAAAAGCAUUAUUGAAUCCAAUCUUAACGUUACACUCAUCCCUCUGAGCGCUCAGCGCAAAGUGAUUUCUUUCCCUGCAAUUCUAAAACUUCUGCCUAUGCAGAAGACUCCUGAAUCAAUUUUUGCUCGUAGAUUGUUAUGCUUCAUGCACAGACUGCAAAGGAAAAACCAUCUAUAUCGGCAUAUGGACAUAUUUUUAGGGGAGAUUCUUGGAGCAGUGUUCUUGUCUGAUGAGUUAAAUUUAAACCAAACAAUGCAAGCAAAACAAAUUACAGUCGCGGUUAAUGUCACCAUAUCUGGAGAGAUCAAUGUUGAUAAAAGAAAGGGUAAAUCAGUAAAUGUACUGGAUAGCUUUGAUACCGAAGCGUAUUACAGAAAAUUUGCUAAAGUAUUAGGUUGCAAGCAGCAGUCUGCGGUUAUUGGAAGUUUUGAUGAACAACGAAGGAAAUGGAGCACACGGUGUAAUGAGACUACGGGAAAACUACCAGUUAAAAGAUUUUUACCGUUAGAAGACUUUAAUUUGUAA